UGCCAGUCCAUUUCAAAAGCGACAGUGGAGUCUUCUGGUCAGAACAACCUUUUUAGGUCCCAUGCAUCUUCGUGUGUUCUGUGUUGAAAGAAACUGUGAUUCUGCUACUUCUAUGCACAGUUCUGUUAAUAUUCAUUCACACAGCGUGCAAGUUAUGAACCCGAAUAAAACGGCUAUGUAUACCAUUGACCCCUCAUCACUCAGUGAAAUAGAUCAAAGAAAUAGCAGGGGGACUCCCAGUGUAUUAACUUUCAGUAUGACCACCUUGAAAUGUUAGUGUGUGUGUGUGUGGUGUCGAUUUUUGGUACCGACUACAAUAUACUCCAUGGACAGUUUAUGUUCGAUGAGCAAAUACGUUUGUAUGCAGAUACCCGUGUCCGCAGUGGUAAGUGGGGGCUGGAGCAGGUAGAGGAGGGUAAGGAGAGAGAGGGGAAGGAGGAAGGAGGAGCGAGUGGAGAGAUGGUGAAACACAAGAGUACGUGGGACAGACAGAGGGAGAAUGCAAAGUUGCUGGAUCUGGAGAGUCCUGUCGACGCUCGCAGGGAGGUGUCUGUAGAUGAGACGGAGGACGAGAGAGAUCUGAAGACUUCCAUCGCCCACAGAGAGAAACAGGGCUCCAGGACCGACUCCUACAUCAACUAUAGAAUAGUCACCGAGGCAAUACGACCCAUCCACCUGUACGAAGAGUCCAGCUAUGAGGUGUGGCGGAGGUAUAGGGACUUUGAGUGGCUGAGGGCCCAGGUUGAGAGGUCUCAUCCCACUCUCAUACUCCCAGUGAGCCACUCUGUUGCACGCUGAAAGAAUGGGGGAAUUCCAAAUAUGUACAUAGACUAAUAUUAUUAUUACUGCGAGGUAGA